GACCCUGAGAGAGAGAGAGAGAGAGAAAUGGAGUAUAUAAAGAGAGAACGAUAGGUGAGUGCUUGAAGGGGGCAAGGAAAGAGAAAAAAAAUAAACAGUUGCCAGAAAACCCAAAAUCUCCAUCGAUCUCUGCCUUUCUUUCAGUCGCUUCACGAAUUCCGAGUAGAAGGAGAGUGGGAUUUCUGUGGAUCUACAGAAUUCUGGAGAGUUGGGAUUGCUUGAUCGUUUAAAAAGAUGUCUUCUUUAAGCAGAGAGCUUGUUUUCUUGAUUCUUCAGUUUCUAGAUGAAGAAAAAUUUAAAGAAACUGUACACAAAUUGGAGAAGGAGUCAGGGUUUUUCUUCAACAUGAGGUACUUUGAGGAUUCAGUGACAAACGGAGAAUGGGAGGAGGUGGAAAAGUACUUAUCCGGGUUUACAAAGGUUGAUGACAACCGUUACUCCAUGAAAAUUUUCUUUGAAAUUCGAAAGCAGAAGUAUCUUGAAGCCCUCGACAAGCGUGACCAUGCGAAGGCUGUGGAGAUUCUCGCAAAAGAUUUAAAAGUAUUUUCAACAUUCAAUGAGGAACUCUUCAAGGAAAUUACUAUGCUUUUGACAUUGCAAAACUUUAGGGAAAAUGAUCAGCUCUCUAAGUAUGGUGAUACCAAGUCAGCUAGAGCUAUAAUGCUUGUUGAGCUAAAGAAAUUAAUUGAAGCGAAUCCACUAUUUCGUGAUAAGCUUCAGUUUCCCACCUUGAAAAAUUCGAGACUGAGAACGCUGAUCAAUCAGAGUUUAAAUUGGCAGCACCAGCUUUGUAAGAAUCCGAAGCCCAAUCCUGAUAUAAAAACUCUCUUUGUUGAUCACUCUUGUGGGCAGUCAAAUGGUGCUCGGGCUCCCUCCCCUGUCACAAAUCCAUUGAUUGGUUCAAUUCCUAAAGUUGGUGGGUUCCCGCCUAUUGGAGGUCCUGCUCCAUUCCAGCAUGCUCCUGCUCCUUUGACAAAUUCACUUGCAGGAUGGAUGGCCAAUCCAUCCUCCAUGCCACACCAAGCUCUUUCUGUGGGACCGAUGGGCUUAACUCCCCCAAAUCAUGCUGUGUCUAUGCUAAAGCGUCCUAGGACUCCUCCUACUAACAAUCCAGCACUGGACUAUCAAACUGCAGAUUCUGAGCAUGUACUGAAGAGAUCAAGACCUUUUGGAAUGCCAGAGGAGGUCAACAGUCUGCCUGUCAACAUAUUGCCCGUUGUGUAUCCCAGUCAGAGCCAUGCUCAUUCCUCGUACUCUGCUGAUGACUUGCCCAAGACCGUUGUGGCAAAUUUGAAUCAGGGUUCUGGUGUGAAAAGCAUGGAUUUCCAUCCAGUGCAACAAACUCUACUCGUAGUUGGAACAAAUAUCGGUGAGGUUUCUGUCUGGGAUGUAAGUAGCGGCGAGAAGCUCGUUUUCAGAAAUUUUAAGGUGUGGGACCUUGGAUCUUGCACAAUGACGCUACAGGCUUCUUUGGCUAAUGAAUACACUGCAUCAGUGAACCGUGUCAUGUGGAGUCCUGAUGGAAGCAUUUUUGGUGUUGCAUAUUCAAAGCACAUUGUUCACUUGUAUGCUUAUUAUGGAAGUGAUGAUUUAAGGAACCACCUUGAGAUUGAUGCCCAUGUUGGUAGUGUCAGUGAUAUUGCUUUUUCUCAUCCGAACAAGCAAUUGUGCAUUAUAACUUGUGGGGAGGACAAGACAAUCAAGGUGUGGGAUGCAGUCUCUGGUGCUAAGCAGUACACUUUUGAGGGUCAUGAGGCCCCUGUUUAUUCUGUAUGCCCACAUUACAAGGAAAAUAUUCAGUUCAUCUUUUCUACUGCUGUUGAUGGAAAAAUCAAGGCAUGGCUAUAUGAUAAUAUGGGUUCAAGAGUUGAUUAUGAUGCUCCAGGUCACUCUUGUACUACUAUGGCCUACAGUGCCGAUGGGACUAGGUUAUUCUCAUGUGGUACGAACAAAGAUGGUGAAUCAUAUAUUGUGGAGUGGAAUGAAAGCGAAGGGGCUGUGAAGAGGACAUAUCUUGGUCUUGGGAAACGGUCAGUUGGAGUUGUGCAAUUUGAUACAACAAAGAAUCGGUUCUUGGCAGCUGGUGAUGAGUUUAAAAUAAAAUAUUGGGACAUGGACAAUGUAAACCUCUUAAUUACUAUUGAUGCCGAUGGUGGUUUACCGGCUUCCCCUUGCAUUCGGUUUAGUAAGGAAGGGACACUAUUGGCUGUGUCAACUAGCGAGAACGGUGUUAAAGUACUUGCCAAUGCUGAAGGUAUUCGAGUGAUGCGCUCAGUAGAAAAUCGUGCUGGGGCUGCUUCAAAGAACGGUGAUGGCAGGAAUUUACCAGAUGCAAAAACCAGAAUAUCUGAUGAGCUGGAAAAAUCCAAGAUUUGGAAGCUGACAGAAAUUAGCGAACAAUCUCAACUUCGUUCCUUGAGGCUUCCUGAUAGUUUAUUGUCAGUAAGGAUAAUUCGAUUAAUUUAUACGAAUUCCGGAGGUGCCAUCCUGGCAUUAGCAUAUAAUGCAGUUCACAAACUUUGGAAAUGGCAGCGUAGUGAGAGGAAUGUUACUGGAAAGGCAACCACGGCUGUUCCACCACAACUUUGGCAACCUUCUAGUGGAAUUUUAAUGACCAACGACAUUAGUGAGACGAACCUUGAGGAAGCUGUUCCAUGCUUUGCACUUUCGAAGAACGACUCUUAUGUUCUCUCAGCAUCAGGAGGAAAAAUCUCCCUAUUUAAUAUGAUGACAUUUAAGACAAUGACGACUUUUAUGCCGCCCCCACCGGCAGCAACGAUUCUUGCCUUCCAUCCUCAGGACAAUAAUGUUAUUGCUAUUGGAAUGGAGGACUCCUCCAUACAAAUUUACAAUGUUCGCGUUGAUGAGGUAAGAAGCAAGCUCAAAGGUCAUCAGAAAAGAGUAACUGGCCUUGCUUUUUCCAAUGCUCUACAUGUUCUUGUAUCGUCAGGAGCUGAUGCUCAGAUAUGUGUUUGGAGUCUAGAUGGAUGGGAAAAGAAGGCAAGUAAGUUCUUGCAGAUCCCCUUCGGGCGUGCAUCAAAUCAUCUUGCACCGACACGAGUCCAAUUUCACCAGGAUCAGACUCACUUCUUGGUUGUUCACGAGACUCAAAUAGCCAUAUAUGAGGCUCCGAAACUGGAGUGCAUAAAGCAGUGGGUUCCCCGGGAAUCAAGCCCUCUGAUAACAGAUGCUACAUACUCGUGCGACAGCCAGUCAAUUUACACUUGCUUCGAGGAUGGGAGCGUGAACGUCUUCACAGCUGUGGGACUGAAACUGAGGUGUCGAAUAAACCCCACAGCCUAUUUGCCCUCCACCCCAAGCUCAAGGGUUUAUCCAUUGGUCAUCACCGCUCAUCCAACAGAGCCUCAUCAGUUCGCAUUGGGACUCACUGACGGCGGAGUCCACGUGCUAGAGCCUCUGGAAACGGAAGGAAAGUGGGGCACUGUCCCUCCACAAGAAAACGGCGCAGGCCCGAGUAUGAGCCCCGUUGUGUCGGCCCCGGACCAGUCCUCAAGAUAGCAAUAUUUUAACACCCUUUAUGUUGGGGCAGUAGGCUUGUAAAAAUGCAUAGCUCAGGGUUGGAGAAAGGGGACAAGUGGAAAAUGUUGAUAGAUAUUGGAGGAAGGGAGAGUAUAUAGUUUUCAGUGGGAUUAGAUGAAAACUGAGACCCUUGAAUUAAAUUAACAAGUUCUAUUUCCUGCUUGCA